ACAGCAACAGCAGUACUUCAAUUUUCAUCGGUUGUAGCUCAUAUCGUGUUUUCGAGCUUUGUGAUUAUGGCUGACUACGGCGCGAUGUUGAUGUUGGCCGUUGUCUCUCUGAUGGCUGGACAGGCCGUGGGUGGACCAGUGGGUUCGUCUUCUCCAUACUACACCACUCCGGCGUCCUACUACACCAUGACCUAUGCUGCGCCCAGUUACUACACCACCAAGGCUCCCGAGUACUACACAACAAAUAAGGCCGAGUAUUAUACAACAACAUAUGCUGCCCCCAGCUACUAUACCGAGCCUCCUCAGUACUACACGACCAAAUCCCCGGAAUACUACACUAUAGCCCCGUCAUACUACACAAAGACAUACACUACACCGAGCUACUAUACUGAAGCUGCCCAUACAUAUUAUGUUGCACCCAGCUACACCACCACGACAGUUGCCUACUACACGACAACAGAAGCAGCCAAAUAUUAUGUAGCUCCAAGUUACUACACCGCAGCUGCCUCGUCUUACUACGCUGCCCCAAGUUAUUACACAACGGCUGCUCCUUCGUACUACGUGGAACCUACUUACUACACCACAACUUACGCUGCCCCCUCUUACUACACAGAGGCUCCUCAGUACUAUACUACGAAGGCUGCAGAAUACUACACCACCACUUACGCCGCUCCAGCAUACUACACUGAGGCUCCGCAAUACUACACUACAAAGGCUGCCGAGUACACAACAAUGUAUGCCUCGCCAAGCUACUAUACUGAGCCCACGAAGUACUACACCACUACUUAUGCUGCUCCAGUUUACUACACUGAAGCCCCUCAAUACUACACCACAAAGGCAGCUGAAUACUACACAACUAAAUCCCCGGAGUACUACACAAAGAAGGCCGAGUACUACACCACCACUUAUUCUUCUCCUGUAUACUAUCCUGAAGCUCCCAAGUAUUACUCAGCUCCAAGCUACUACCAGACUGAGGCUCCACAAUAUUACACUACAAAGGCUCCUGAAUACACCACCACCUACGCUGCUCCAGUUUACUACACUGAAGCUCCUCAGUACUACAACACAAAGGCUGCCGAUUACUACACCACUAAAGCUCCCGAGUACUACACAACCAAGAAACCGGAAUACUACACCACAACGUAUGCAGCCCCAUCUUAUUACGCAGAGGAGCCCAAGUACUACUCUACAAAGGCCCCCGAGUACUACACCACAACGCAUGCUGCACCAAGUUCUUACAGUGAAGCUCCAUCAUACUACACAACAACCUAUGCCACUCCCAGCUACUACACCGAGGCAAUGAAGUACUACGCAGCUCCAAGCUACUAUCAGACUGAAGCCCCAAAAUACUACACCACAAAAGCGCCGGAGUACUACACUACCACUUACGCCGCUCCCAGUUACUACACCGAUGCUCCAUUUUACUACACAACAACCUAUGCUACCCCAUCAUACUACACUCAGCCUCCAAAGUACUAUUAGCUGACAAUGGGUUGAGCAAUCAAGCUCGAUGAUGAGAUUUUAAAGUUUUAUUCUACACCUUAUAUCAUCGUUGAAAGAGUUGGUAUCCCUUUUCCCUAUUAGUCUUUACUAGUCAUUUACUAUGGAUAUGGGUUCUAGAUGAAGCGUUGAAUACAGAAUUUAUGUGGUUA